AUGUCUACACCUAAACCAAAUCGAGAAGGAAGACCAUUACGUCGACGUGGUGUUUCUUUUAAUGUUUUACCACGACGUGAAGAAUCACCACCAAUACUAUCAUCACCAAAACCUAUUCUCGUUGAUUAUGCAUCAAUUCGUGAACGUAAACAACUUAAUUUAAGUGAUUUUCUUCAUUCCGAUAAUCCAAUAACAUUUUUAUUAUUUACUAUUUGGCAUGCUGUAUGUUUAUUUGGUCAACUUUUUCUAUUACCAUUUAUAAUAACUAAAUAUCUUUAUCUUUUAAUGUUACAAGUUUAUGGUGUACGACGUCCAACUACAUCCACUAGUACAAGUGAUCUUUUCUCAAUCUCGUCUUCUCAAUCAUCAACACAACAAAAAUCUAUUGUUUGGAUAUUAACAUUAAUCGAUUAUAUUAUUAUUCAACUGACUAGUUUACCAGAAACUCUAAAACAAUUUAUUAAUUCAAUACGUAAACAUAUCGAUGGAACUGUUUCGAAAUCAUUUCAUCUUAUUGAUACAUGUACUAGUCAUCAAAUAACAAAAACUUAUUCCAUAUUUAGAAAUAUAUUUUUUCAAAAAACUACGACUGAUUUAGAAUUGAAAACAACAAGAUAA